GAUUGACAGUCAGGAGAGGAGUCAUGUUGAAGUUUCGUUUUGCUUUUCGCUCGCACGAAAUAUGUUUUAAUAAGUAAACAACGAUGUCCGAGAUACUGAUGAAGGAAAUGGAGAGUAUCUCGAUCGGUCCAAUGAAGGCGGAGGAGUGUCCCGGCGGUGUGCGGAGCUUUCUGCUCGUGGAUGAACAAGAAAACCUGAAGGUCCGCGAUGAAUCUGAGUUUGUGGACCGACUCGGCUGUGGGGACGUGGCAGGAGUCAAGGUCCUAUCCAUCUUCGGCAACACCGGCGAUGGCAAGUCCCACACCCUCAACCACAUUCUGUUCGGUGGCGAGACCGUGUUCUACACCUCCAAGUCCCCCAGCUCCUGUACGGUGGGAGUGUGGGCCGCGUAUGACCCCACCCUCAGCCUGGUGGUGCUUGAUACUGAGGGCCUGCUGGGGGCCGCAGUCAAACAGAACCAGAGAAUGCGGCUGCUGCUAAAGGUAUUGGCGGUGUCUGAUAUAGUGGUGUAUCGUACACGGGCAGAGCGUCUUCACAACGACAUGUUCCAGUUCCUGAGCAACGCCUCAGGGGCCUACCUGAAGCACUUCACCCCGGAGCUCAGGGCCCUCUCGAGCCGCUGUGGUCUGGACGUGCCCCUCUCCUCUCUUGGCCCUGCUGUCAUCGUCUUCCAGGAGACAACACACACCCAGUUGCUCGGUCAAGAUUCUAAGGUGGCCGGCCAUGCUGACACGCUGCUCCAGAAGCGUUUCCACGACCUGAGCUUGGGGACUGAGGCCUUCAGCUCGGUGCAGUAUGUUGGCACUCAGACCAUCACGCCUCCAACUGACUACAGCAGGCUGCUGGAGGCUGUCAAGCAGCAAGUGAAGAACACUCACACACGCUCGCCCCGCCAGCCCGGGAUAGUGUUUCACGCUCUGGAGGCCCUAAGUGAGCGUUUCUGUGGGGAACUGACAGACGACAAGAUAACCCCCUGCUCCUUCUUCCCAGACGAGUACUUCACCUGCUCCGCUGUCUGCCUCAGCUGCAACAUUCGCUGUAAAAAUGGAAUGAACCAUCUGAGAGACAGGGUCCCCCACAUGGCAGAUGGACUGUGCCAGUAUGCACACCAGUUCAACAACAAGGUCCUUAUCUGUAAGAGAUGUUAUGAAGGAGGCCGAGAGGUGAUAGUCUUGCCCAAGACUUCAGCUUCCACAGACAAUCCAUGGUUUGGACUGGCCAAGUACGCCUGGUCAGGCUAUGUGUUGGAGUGCGCGAGCUGUGGUGUAAUCUACCGCAGCAGACAGUACUGGAUGGGAAACCAGGACCCUGAGAGCGGCGUGGUGCGGUCUGAGGUCAAGCACGUUUGGGAGGGGUCGGACACUUUUCUGACCAACCACCAAAACGCUGCCCAGAGGGUUCUGGACGGGAUGAACUAUGUGAUUCAGUCAGUGUCGGAGUACAGCCACGGGCCCACCAAAGCUGUCACUGCCUGGCUCACUGAUCAGGUGGCACCACCAUACUGGAGACCCAACACAGACAUCACUACCUGUCACGGCUGUCAAAAGGUGUUCGAGGAGGCGGAGAGGAAGCACCACUGCCGAUCCUGUGGCGAGGGUUUCUGUCACCCUUGCUCCAGCCACAGGAUGCCGGUGCCAGAGCGAGGCUGGGGCAGUGGCCCUGUCAGGGUGUGUGAGGCCUGCUAUCGACAGGGAGGGCCACCUGACACUAACAGCCAGGUGUGCAAGGUGGAGCCUCGUGGUCUGAUAGCUCGCAAGGUGACAGAGGUGGCGCAGUCCACGCUGGACAUGGUCACCACAGCUGUGGAGUACCCUCUCUGUUUCGUGAAAGAUGUGGCUCGGCCAGACUACUGGGUACCAGACCAGGACAUCACCCAGUGCCACCAGUGCUCCAAAACCUUCACUCCAGCAAUGUCCAAGCACCACUGCAGGGCCUGCGGGCAGGGUGUGUGUGGUCCCUGCUCCACACAUAUCAAGCCCGUCCCCUCCCGAGGCUGGGACCACCCAGUCAGAGUGUGUGACAGCUGCCACGCCCGCACGGAUAGUUUGUGAGCUCUUCUGAACCGGGACAACUUCCUCAGAUGAUCCACAAAAACACUGUGAGUCCUGGCAGCGCUGCUCCACGAGAAGGAGGAGGAUUGAUUAUGCAGCACUAAACAGCAGGACAGGAGUCAGCCUUGUUUUUGCGUAAAAAGACGGGCUACUCCGAAGCUUAAAAUGGUCUUCAGCUGUGCACCAGGCCUGGUGUUAUAUCAGUGCUGACCUAGGAUCAGCUUUCUUUCAUCUGCCUUCCUUCUCCAACUGAUUCUUCAGGGGUUAUGAGAUAAAACUCAAUAUAAAUCACUUUAACUACCGCCCCACUGGACCAUUUAAGCUAUCAUGAAACCAACUGGACAAAUGGAAAGCUGGACGUUUGAUUUUAACUGACUGGACAUUUAGACAAUGAAGACAUACAUCUCAAUUCUCAUUUAACAGCAAAGCUUGUACUCGUAACUGCACUCAGGUGUAGUCUUCCUCAUUCAUUCAUUCAUUUGUGUUUGCACAGCCCUGAAACACACGGCCCAUUCUCAUUUUGAUCAAUUUGUUUGCUAGAAAUGACUGGAGGACAAGUAAAAGGGAAGUACUGGGAAUAGUGGGGGGUUUUUAAAUGUUUGGGGUUUAUUAAACCUGUCUGUUUCAAAGAGCAUCAAGUCAUCUCCACAACUUGCAUCAUCUCUGCAAAGCCUAGAGAAAAGUAGAGAUUGUGUGAGGUGAUCAUUGUUUUUAUCCGCCUCACGAUCAUCCUCUAAACCAGCUCUCUCAUGAAACUUCUGGGCAGAGGAGGGAACUACAAAGCAGUUCAGAUUUUUGGAGAAAAAAGUAACUGUGUGCCUGUAUUGCUCUGGACAGAAAGAGAUACAAGAUGAAGAAACACAAGCUACAGCAGUGUGUGCCUUCGUAGCCCCUAAUAUUUGUUUUAGGGGAUUCCUCCAUAUGUGCAAGGACUAAUGAGAUUAUUUGUGCCUAAUAACAGAACAGUGUAACCUAAAGCCUCGCUCGUCUAACUCUUACAGUUGUAUCCACAAUAGGGUGAAAUGGAUAGGAAGAGAAAAUCUCAUAUUAUAGCACAGCACAUUAUAGACAUUCCAGUGUAUGGGAAUACUUGUGUAUUUACUGAUGUAGAUUUGCCUUUCUGAGGUUAUUACAUAAAAAAGAUGGCGCUCUCUUGAGCCGCUGAUGCUUCAGAAAGCUCUCUUAAUAUAACGAAUGCACUGCACUAGACUGGACAAUUGAGUUGUUCUGAUAUUUGAAAGGCGCUUGAAUCACUUGUAAUGUUGAUGGAAAAUGAUUCUCUGUUUAACAUGGCAGAAAAAUGAAUGCAACUUCUCUCUGUCUAGAAAAAUCAAUUCAAUUUCACAGAUGUUUUCCAGGGAAAUCUGGAAAUUGACAAUCUUGAUUCUCAGGCUUGUCCAAAUAAAGAAACAAAGGAAGA